UUUAUUGAAGCCAGCACAGAAACAGGAAAACUUCCAGAGCAACACUGCCCAGUCGUCUUUUCUGCAGCAGCUGAGGUCUACGUAGCUUGGUGCAGAUGGUCACCUCCAGCCACACACGGCCAUUGGCACUUGACAAGGCGCUAGUGCUGUUGAGGGACUCUAAUUAUAAUUAAGUAGCAGGUACAGGUAGGGUCCCGCUAUCGACAAUGCAGUUCUAGAGCCUACCUUUCGUUCAUUAUCUCUUCUGGGUACACAGCGAACCUUCACAUCUUCGCCUUGAACUAAUGCCUGUCAGUCUCCGCUGUGCUCUGUCUCCACGUUUUCACUACCCGUCUCUGCGUCUGGCCUCCACUGCAGCCAGUCCAUAGGCGUUGCAGAGCUCAGCCGUUCUCAGCGUCGCCACAUCACUGACAUUUCUUUCCUGCUCCUCAGCUUCUGAGCUACCCUGUCCUGGGUUUCCUCUUCUCUGGCCUGCUCACUUUCUGAGUCUUAUUUUGUGGUCCACUGGCCUUCGGUGCGAAGCUUGAACAUAAUUGAUUACCCUGAUUUUUAAGACUUCUCGUUAAGGUCUAGAACAUCAUAGGACCAAGGAAAAGUUUGUAUUUUAAAGAAAGUUGACCAGCCCUAUGGCCUACUGCUCGAGGGACCUAGAUUACAGGCGUCUCUUCUGCCAAUCUUAGGUGUGACGUUUCCUCUAUGGUACUUUAAGGGCAUGUGAUGGGCAUGGUGUUCCCAUUACUCGCCAGGUGCUCUGGGACCUUAAGAAAGUUCAUAGAGUGAAGGGCUCCUUGGUUUAGCCCAGAACUUUGAGUUUCCUCUCCCAGCACCACCAUACCCUAGAACUCUGCUCCUCUACUGUGUGUUCCAGCGGGACUGAGAACUCGCCCACUCCCUUCUGUUCAGCCAGCCCUUCUGCCCAGUCCCAGUCUGUCACCUGUGCUGGCUGGGGUGGGAGUGGGUUGGAAGUCGUCACUUCCAUCUGCAGACCUGGAUGCAGUCUGGCCACGUGGUAAGUCAGGCUUGCUGAUGGCCUGUGACAGGAAUACCCCAUUCUCCCUGUCCUUCAUAGCGGACACUUCAUUCUCUGCACAGGAUGUGGUGGGGGGCUUGUGGCCCUCCGCUCAGCUUGGUCCUCUAAGGACUCUGUCUUGAUUGUGACUCCCACACUCCGCUCUGCCUUGCAGGCCUCAGCAUCCAGGCUCCCCUCCAGCCUGCAGUUCACAGAAGAAGACUAAGUGCACAGUGAAGGGUGGGGGUGCAGACGGUGCUGUGGCCUGCCCAGGCUGCAGUGCUCCAUAACUGCUCAGGGUGGUGGGGGCGUUGACAUCCGAACGGACCUGGGUUACCAGGCUAGGAGAGGGGGCGUGUUCAGGCUGGAGAUGGAAGGCCUUGAGGAGCAUGUUGGAAUGGGUGGGAGAGGGUGUUGAGGGUCACACCAGGAGAGUAAACAUCAUUUGGCGUUAAUGCAGACUUUCAGCCGUGUUUGAGGGGUAAGGCACAAUCGGAGCUGCACAUGGUGGUCCCCACUGGCCCCAGUGCCCAGGGCACUGCCUGGCACACAGAAGACCCCCGUUCAGACCUGACUACAGAACCACAUGGGAGUUGUCAUUCACUGAGGCUGACUUGGAGGGAGAGGAUCACCUGGAUCCAACACUUUGCGGUUAACAAAGAUGACAUAACUCCCUCCUCGUCCUAACUCACGCCCGUUACCCCUUGUGAAGUCCCCCGUGACAUCAAGAGAACAAAAAUCUGCCUUCCUGCCGGGAGCGCAGGCCAGUCUGCGGACCCCAGUCCUAGACCAGCGCGGGCUCGCGCCCUCUGGGCGGAUUGGCGGGGGGAGGGCCCGAACGCUGGCACCUCGGAAUUCCAGCAGGCGCUCCUAAUCCUCCCGGCAACCGGUGACGCGCGCCAGGCCCACCGCCAGCCAACCGGGGAGCACGGGCCCUGGCGCCGCCCCGCUCUGCGGCCUCGCGUCCACCCUCCCGGCCCUUCUGCCCCGUCCUAAUCGCAGGACGCGGGGGUCUACGAGCCCGCCGAGUGGACGCCACGCGGUGUCCAAGGAGCCAGGCGACGACUGGUCUCUCCCUCAGGCAUAGACGGACUCUUCCAGCAUGGGGUGAGGUACAGAGACCUGACAGGCCAGCCCUGGCACUGGGACAUCGGGCUUGCACCCUGGCCCAGGGCUGCGCGCGGGGCGGACCUGGCGCUCCGACUCUGCAGCAGCGGAGGUGCCUGUGGGUAGGAGAAGGAAUCCUGGAAUCCUCAAACCAGAUCUGGAGGCCUCUCCCUCUUCCCUCGGCCACGGUUUUCUUUCCAAGCCUUAAGCAAAGGGAAUCGCCCACAGCAACAGAAGGCAGACCCUAGUGAGGGGCGCGCCUCCCUGCUGCGGCGCGGCCCUCGCCAUGUGCGCGGCCUCGGGGGCAGCGGCGGGCCGACCUUACGCGUGCAGCGAGUGCGGUCAGAGCUUCGGCUACAGCGCGGUUCUGCGGCGCCACGAGCGGGCCCACGACGGCGCCCGGCGCUUCCGCUGCCUGGAGGGCGGCGAGCGCCGCCCCCGCCGCUGCCGGCUGGGCGCCCGGCCCUUUCGGCAGAGCGUGCUGUGCUUCCACCAGGCACGGGCACACCCCCCGGGCACUGCUGCCGGCUCCGCCGACCUCUUGCUUCGCUGCGCGCAGCGCCCGCGGGCCUUCCGCAACGGAGCCGGACUGCACACUCACGCGCGCGUCCACGGGGCCGAGGGCCUGGGCCACUCCACACACCUACGGCCCCGCGUCCCAGGCACUCACCGGUGUGGCGUGUGCGGCAAGAGCUUCGGAAAGAACUCCACGCUGACGCGACACCUGCAGACCCACUCGGGGGAGAAGCCCUUCAAGUGCCCGGAGUGCGGUAAGGGCUUCCUGGAGAGCGCCACGCUGGUGCGCCACCAGCGCACGCACACGGGCGAGAAGCCUUAUGCCUGCGGGGACUGCGGCCGCCGCUUCAGCGAGAGCUCCACGCUACUGCGCCACCAGCGCAGCCACCAGGGCGCGCGGCCGCACGCGUGUGCCACGUGCGGCAAGGGCUUUGGGCAGCGGUCCGACCUGGUGGUGCACCAGCGCACGCACACUGGCGAGCGGCCCUUUCCGUGUCCCGACUGCGGUCGCCGCUUCAGCGACCGCUCGGACCUCACCAAGCACCGGCGCACGCACACGGGCGAGAGGCCCUACCGCUGCGAGCUGUGCGGCCAGAGGUUCACAUGCGUGUCCAACCUCAACGUGCACAGGCGCAACCACGCCGGCCACAAGCCGCACAAGUGCCCCGAGUGCGGAAAGGCCUUCAGCGUGGCCUCCAAGCUGGCACUGCACCGCAAGACGCACCUGGGCGAGCGGCCGGCGGCGUGCACGGAGUGCGGCAAGUGCUUCAGCCACAGUCCCUUGCUGUCCCAGCACCAGCGAACCCACGCGCGCGCCCGCACUGCCACCCAGGCAGCUGUGGUCUUGGCCGGGCCAGCGGACAAAAGCCAGGGCUCUCUGUGCCCCAGCUGAGGCAGGCUUGCUGGGGGCUUCUCGGAAGGCGGGAGGGCAGUCAGAACUGUGCGAGGCUGGCUGUCCUGUUGGUAACCCUGUGCCCGCCUUCCACACCCUGUCCGCCCCUUUCCACCCUGUGCUUUAUCUCAGACCUCCCCUAGCUUUGAGGUGCAGGCACAAGGAGACCGGGAACCCCAGAACCUAGGGGCUGGAGAGUGCCCAGGUGUGCCCCUGGGGAUAUGCUCUGGGCUCUUGGUUUCCCUGCCUCUCUGCCCAGGUUCCUGUUACAGGCAUGGCUGGGCAGGGAGAGAGUGCACCUCUGUGAAGAUCUCUGCGGACCGCUCCCUGUCAGAGAUGACCCCAGCAUGGCCACCCUCUGUCCCCUGGGCAGGUCCAGGUUCUGCAGUCAGGCCAGCAUUCUCCAGCUAGGUGGGAGACAUUUGCCUGGAAGCCAGGCCAAGACCAAAGGGCUUGACACAACCAGGCACGGCAAGUGGGGGCACUUUGUCCAAGUCAGGCUUAGAGCCACAGAAACAGGUGCCAUGGAGGGCAGGGUGCAAACCCCUGGAACUAGCCAGUGCCCUCUGUCUGAUGGCUGAUGAAAUAAAGAGUUAUUUGGGCUCCAGAUAUUAGGAGCCCCUGUCAA